CUUCUGUAUAAGGAUUCCCCCAUGGCAUUACAAAAUGAAGAAACCCGGUACGUUCAGAUUACGGCCUGGUUCCUGGAGAUUUUUUUGUGGUUAAAAUGAGCCCAACAUUAACUGUUCUUUCCCUCCUUUUAUACUUCUCUCCUCAUCUAACAGCUGUCAGGGUGGUGUCGAGCCCGCAGGCCAAUUCUGGCUUGAUCAGCACGGAGGUGGAGGGGACGGUGUCGCUCACCUGCCACUCGGAGGGGGUGGAGUCGACGGAGGAGCUGAUGUGGUACCGGGACAAGGGCCUGGUGGAGCUGAAGGACGGGAACCGAGUGAGCCAGAGCAGCCUGUGCCUGAGCCCCGUAUCCAAGGGCGACGACGGCGUCACCUUCACCUGCCGGCUGAGAAGGGACACCAGCGCCAACGCCUCGGUCCAGCUGGACGUGCGCUUUCCCCCAGACUUGUUCGGCAAUCACACCGUGAUGGUGGAAGAGGACAGCGACAUGACCCUCACCUGCGACAUCCACGCCAACCCCCAGGUGACCGUGUCCUGGCAACGAGAUGGUGUGGAACUGGACCUGGGUAUCGGGGGUUACAUGUUGUUCCAGGACAGCAUGGAGGCGCGUCUCUCCAUCUCCAGGGUAAAACGUAACAACCACCAGGGAAAGUACAGCUGUGUUGCCCUGUCGCCCCAGUAUGGAGAAAGAACGAAGUCCUUCCAGCUAAUCGUGAACGAUAAGACUAUGAAAUUCCCCUUGGGCCCCAUCAUCGCUGGGGUCGUGGUGGUGUUCUGCACCACUGUCCUGGCCAUUGUCGCAAGGUGGCAGAGAAUCACAAAGUGCUGCAAGUAAGAGUGCUUGCCCACAGGCUGAAGAGAUUUGAGCCCUUGUGCUCAGAAGAGACGGACCUUUAAAAACCCUGUUGGAGGAGCUAAACCAUUGAAUAGUUUGGGCUGACAUCCUGCUAGUAAUUACACACCCUGAACCUUAGACAUGGACGUGAGCAGGAUUGAUUAAACAAGUGAACACUAGCAAAACACCUACAUUUGCCCCUCCUUGCAUUGAUUCUUUAAUCUUUAGAAGAAAAAAAACAGCAGGUUUGAAGG